ACGGAUAUCGCCAAAUUGGAUGUGCAAAUGGCAAAUAUCGUAGCGAUCCGACACCAGAUAUAGCCAAGCCUGGGAAUAUAUAUGACCAAAACUAUGUUUUUCUCAGAGGACACUACCGCAAGACCUUGCAUGGUGUCCAAGGCACUUAUUCGUAUCUGAGGGGUUUUUCUUUUUUUACUUUUCUUUUUCUUUUUUCUUUUUUUUUAAUUGUACAAAAUUUGAAGUUAUUUCCUCCCCCCGCCCCUGAAGUCCUUUGCACAUUUUUUUUUUAUUGCAGGAGAGUGACAAAGGGGUUAAAAAGAGAGUAAAGUGGAAAGUGGAUCAGUAUGGAAGAAAAUGAUCGUAGCAACAGAGACGUGGAGCGGCAGGAGCCGGCGGACGAAUCCAACAGAGCCAUCCUCCCCCUUUUACAAGCGCCUGGAAACCUGCAGAUCCCUCACCGGGUCACCAAUUUCUUCAUCGACAACAUCCUGCGGCCGGAUUUCGGGCGCAAAAAGGAAGGGACGACGAACCGGGACGAGGGCAGCCUGCCCGCCAGAGAGAGUCACAGCCCCGCCGCGCCUCGCACCGAGCAGGUGGGCAGCGCGGUGCCGGCGGAGGGCACCUCCACCCCUCACAUCGUCUCCGCCGGCGCCAGGAAGCCCGCGAUAGCGGCCGGCGGAGAGUCCCUGAAAGCCCGCGGGGAGAGCGGAGACCAGUGCCUAAGCUCAGACUCAGACAGUUCCCAAGCCAGCUCAAACGUAUCCACGAGUCAGUCCAUGCUGUGGCCAGCCUGGGUGUACUGCACCAGAUACUCGGACAGGCCCUCAUCAGGGCCAAGAUCUCGAAAACCAAAGAAGAAAUCAACCAGCAAAGAGGACAAGCGACCACGGACGGCCUUCACCGCAGAACAGCUGCAAAGACUAAAAUCGGAGUUCCAGAGCAACCGGUAUCUGACGGAGCAGAGACGGCAGAGCCUGGCGCAGGAGCUGGGCCUCAACGAGUCCCAGAUCAAGAUCUGGUUCCAGAACAAGCGGGCCAAGAUCAAGAAGGCCAGCGGCACGAAGAACACACUGGCCUUGCACCUGAUGGCACAGGGACUGUACAAUCACGCUACCACCACGUCCAAGGACGAGAAAUCAGACAGCGACUGA